CCACUAAUUGUAUUGUUAUUUUGUUGAAUUGUUUAUAAAAUGCGAAAUUAUAAGAGGAAAACGCCAAAAAGAGAUCCCACAAUUCUUCGCGGAGCAGUUGCGGCCAUGAAAUCGGGAGUUUCCCUACGAGCGGCAUCCAAUAUAUUUGGGAUACCGAGAAGUACGCUACUGCUCCAUCGCAGAAAUAACGAGACUACAUUGCCGGACGAAUCGGAACCAUCAGAGGUGGAUAUAAACGAUGUGGAGAUAGCGCCAAAAGGAUACAAGACUGUUUUCACCGAAGAACAGGAAAGUGUUUUGGAACACUUCCUCUAUGUGGCAAACGAUUAUUUCGGAUUGUCUGCGAAGCAAGCUCGAUCCCUGGCCUAUCAAUAUGUUAAACAAGUUAAGGUCGCCUGUCCCCUUUCCUGGCAUCGUGAUGAAAUGGCCGGAUUGGAAUGGUAUCGCAGCUUCAAAGUGCGGCACCCAAAAUUGAUCCUACCCAAACCAGAACGAAACUUGGAACCAAUGAAUGUCGCUGAAUUCUUUGCGAAUUACUUUUCGGUAGUGAAAACUGAGUGAAUUCGAUGGUAUUACGUGUACCAUAGUUGAGAUACAAAUAGACUAAGGAUUUCGGCUACUGGGAGUGAUCAUGUUGAGCGCUACAGCAGAUUAACCAAAUCCAAAUGAUGGUACAUGUGUGAUUGGGAUAAGACAAGUAUGAAAAUAUCCCAAGAAUAUCAUACUAAAGCCCAAAGGAGGUCGCAUGUCCAGCUAUUUUAAAUAAAUAAAAUAGUUUAAAAAUAA